AUGUCAUUGUAUAAUAAAUCAACACAGUUUAAAAAUUGGGUUUUUACAAAUGAACAAUUAAAGCAAUCAAGAGAAGAAUGUAAUAAUGAAACUAAAAAGAAAAUAUUAGAAAAGACACCUACACAUGAACCAAACAUAUUAUCAACUGAAGAAGAACUACAACUAAUUCAUUACUAUGAGAGCAAGGCUUUAGAGUUUAGUAAUGCGCUAAACUUACCAGAAAAAGUUUCAGCAACAGCAAUUAUUUAUAUUAAAAGAUUUUAUUUAAAAAAUAGUGUUAUGGCAUAUAACCCCAAACUAAUAAUGUUUACCUGCUUAUUUUUAGCAUGCAAAACAGAGGAUAAUCAUUUAGAUAUCGACUAUUAUACAGGUGUCAUCAAAACAUCAGCAGCAGAUAUUAUUAGUUUAGAGGUUGUUAUUUUAGAAUCAUUAAAAUUUAAUCUUAUUAUUUAUCAUCCAUUCAGAUCACUAUAUGCAUUCAUAUUAGAUAUUUCAGACAACACCAAUUUAUAUAAUAAUUCUCAACCUAUAAAAUUUGACACACUUUGGGAUACCUCAAAAAAACUUAUUCAAAAAACUUUAUUCAGCGACUUAUCUUUUUAUUAUCACCCAGCAAUUAUUGCUUUAGCAUGUUUAAGUUUAAAUUUUGAAAACUUUAAUCUGUAA